AUGCUUGGCAGCAAACAACGGGUCUGCGCCGUUUGUGGUGACAAUCCGGCAAAGGUUAUUUUUUGUCUGGUUUGUAUACUUGUCUCAAAGCAUGCCUUUUGCGAAAAUUCCGGGAGAAUUAGCAUUCAAAAAAUCUUUAUUUCCAAAAACGUAUUCGCUUGAUUUGAUUUAGAAAAUAGAAAAAUCGACAAAUGAAAAUUAUAUAUAAUUAAAAAAGAGUUAUUUUAAAUUAUAAACUCAUUUCUAUAUGGACUAUUUUUUUCCUACUCAGAAAGCUUCAGAUUCACUACGGGGUCCUCGCUUGUUUCGGCUGUAAAGGAUUUUUCCGGCGAGCUGUGAAAGACGGCCGAAAUAAGUACGUCUGCCGGUUUGAAAAAAAUUGCGAAGUUACCAAAUGUGAGUCGUUUCUCAUCUUUUUGAAAAUAAGACUCGAAAAGCUAUCAACUGUUUAAAAUUUACAGUUCAAAAUUUUUCAAAUGAAGAAAUAUUUUACUUGAGUUGAAAGCUUUCGGAAAAAUUGGUCAGCCUAUUUCAAUCCGAAAAAAAAAAACAGAUAUUCCCAAUCUUUUGAGCGAUAUAUACUCGAAAACUCAGAAUAUUUGAGAGUUGAGACAAGCAUGUGAAAUAAUAGCUCGGAAAAAAUAUCCUAUACAGUGCGGUGAUAAAAUAGUCGCGGACAAGAGAAGCCGCCAACAAAAAGCUCAGAAAAAAAGGUCGAGCACUUUUGCAAGCCAAAAACCUCGCUCAUAUCACGACAGUUUGUCUUACUAGGGGUUGACGCCCGACAAUGAGUUGAGUAUCGAGACGUUAUGGGUGGGUAGGCCUAGUGGAGACUCUCAUCUAGGCCUACAUAACCAAAAAGUCUCGAUUCUCAACUCGUUUUCGAGCGGAGAGCAUGUCAUAGUUAUUAUAGCCAGGUUUGUGCUUCAGGCUGGGCGGACGAGACCCUUUUGCGGUUGUUCUGUCCAGGCCUUUUUGUCUUUGUCCGUUUUUCCGAUAACUUUUUCAAACGCGACUUUUCGAAAAAAAAAUAAUAAUAAAUCUUUUUUUUCUAAAAUGAUCAUUCAAAUUUUGCAGUUGAGCGAAACGCAUGCCGUUACUGCCGAUUUCGAAAAUGCCUGCUCGUCGGCAUGAAUCCAGAUUGUACGUUUUAAACUUUAUGUCUUUUGCUUGCUAUUUUAAAAAGUUAGUCGCCUCGCGCACUUUCCUGUUGAAAACCAACUAUGUAACAACAUGUGGACAAGCUUACUAUGGAAUGGCCUCCAUUCGCAGUGGGGCUUCUGAAUGAGACCAAGUUUACUAGAUGUAGUUUUUCAUGCUGAUUCCAAAUCUGGUCUUGAAAACUGCCCUCGAGGCCUGUGUAAAAAGUUAUGAAUUAUCAAAAGUCGAAAAUUUCGAUAUUUCACCGAUUGAGCUGAUAUUUGGGGGGUAUAUAGUCCUUGCUUCCCCCGGCCACGAAAAACUGAUUUUUUUUUUUAUCGGAGCCUAGAUAUCAUUUUUCAAAGCUCCGCGCAUGAUAAUGAAAUGGAAAAAUUCUUUUUGAAAAAAAAAGUAUUCGAAAUUGUGAAAACUAUUUCAACAGCUCUUUGUGUUUUUUUUUUCUUAUGUCAGCUGAAUGAAGUUCGAAAUCGGUUUUUUCGAAGCCCGUUUUCCAAAGACAGAGAAAAAAAAAAUAUUGAAAAGAAUCUUUCCAGUUGUGCGUCCAGACCGAGAAGAACUACGCAGUGACAAGAGCGCUCUAUCAAAAAAGAAGAGUCUAAAUCGAACGUUUUCCAAUCGGUAUGGUUCAAGUGACGGCGAUUGGACUUGUCUACUCUCCCCGGCUCAAAAGUAGGAAUGAAUCUAAAAAAAAUUUUCAAACCGUUUUCAAAACAUUUUCAGGAAGUUGUUCAACGAACUAUGCGCAUUGGAAUGGAGCGACUCUGCCUCAGAGAACUUAGAAGGAGUUGCCGAGUUUUCGCUGAAAUCUUUAAUAUCCGACAGAACUCUCGCCAGAAAAAACAAUGUGAAUUGUGUUAUUUGAAUAUGAAAACUUUUCCAAUCUGGGAAAAAUUAAAAAAAACUCAUUGAGAUGAGGAAUCCUGUGAAAAUGAGCACCUUGAAAAAUUUUUUGCGACAUCUCGGAGCUUGGAAACAAAAACUGGACGUGUUCCGGACAUUUCUGAGCAAUCCUAGCGAUCAUUUAAGAGUGCUGAUGUCACUAAAGGGAGUCACUAGAAAUGCUCACGUCCGAUUCGCGUUACCAAGGUCAAAGCAAUAUUGCCAUUAAUUUUCCUAAACUUCCUUCAUUCUCAUUUUUUUUUCUAGUAGUUAAUAUAUAAACCGGCAACCAUUCUAAUCAAUUCGAAACAGCUUAAAUAUUCACGGACGCAAAACAGUAGUAUAUAUAACUGCUCUAUUUUCAGAUGCAUUUUUGUAUUGUUUACUUUGCAUUUUGCAAAAAAAAAAAUUAAUUUUCGAAUUUUACAGGUACCUCCAACCACAGGAAUGAACCGAAAUAACGUGGACCAAUUUUUGACAAUACAAAGAGUUGUCAAAGUAAUCGAUUUUGUUGAUAGGUUUUUGAAUUUGCUGGAACGAGACAAUGGGAAAAAAGUUACACUUGAAGAUAAGGUAAUUCUCUAUAAAUUACUUUCAAAAGUUUCAAGCCACUUCGACUCUAGAACAACGAAAGACUUUGCAGAGUUCUUUGCUGAGUAGUGUCACUAUUCAUUUACUCUACUACGAGUCUGUCACUCGCUUAUCAGCCAAAGGCUCUGCCAACCUGUUCGACGACUUUAAACGAACUUUCGAAAUCCUCCCACUGUGAGUAUAAUUGAAAAGGAAGAAUCAACCAUUAGGCAAUUUAAAGAAGUCAAUCUGCCUACGCGAAGAUGGCUGACACGUGUGAGCUUUUCAAAAGGAGACCGCCAUCAACCAUGGAAUACUCGAUACUUCGAGCUCUAAUCAUCACAACUGGAGGUCAGACUAAAAUCAACAAGAAAGCGAAUGAAUGAAGAAACGGAAGAUCUGUACCUAAAUUUUUCAAUGAAAAAUGUUGGUCAGUUUUUGCUGACUUGAAAGGCGAGGGAGGCGAAGAAAGGAGCGGGACGCGUACGUGGUUCUUGGCACGGAUUCAAUUCAACCGCCAGCGACCAUUUGGAGAGCUCGUUUAUCGCUCUUUUCAUUUCUUUUUUUUUUGACCGAGCUAUCAAUUAGUCAGUGGCGCUUGAAUUGAACUCGUGCCGAGAAUCGCGUAUGCGUCCCGCCCACUUCUUCGUCUCGCUCUCUUUUCAAAUCGAGAUGGAUUGACUAUAUAAAUUUUAACUCUGCACAUAGUGCAAAUUGAAAAGCAUUAUUUUUCCAAUGUCGUUUCAGAACCUCUCUCAUGAAUAUAAAAAUAAAUCAAGAUGAAAUCUAACAUUCUCUUCGAAUUUUUCAAGUUUUAUCAUUAUCCGUUUCAUCAAAUAUCAAUAGAGCUCACUAAUUUGACAUCUUUUCUUUAAAGGCAUAGGGGCAGUAAAAAAUGGGGUUUCAGGUGAAAGCAGUAUCUUAUAUAGUUUUUCUUUGCGAAUCGAACGGUGUACUCAAAAAAAUUACAGAUGUGACAACUUUAGAAGAAAAAAGCGAUUUUACUUUCCCGCCUUUAAUUUUGAAAAAAGCUUUGGAUCGGUAUGCAGACAACUGUUUACAAUAGCCGUGCACGCGAUGUUGCGGACGUCUUAUUUGACUCGCAUUUUGUGAGAAAUAACCGGAUAUCUGCUCCAAAUUAAGCGUUUCUCCUCUGAAAAAUCGGUUAAGAAAACAGAAAACACACAUUGAUAAUAAAGAAAACACAAAUAAUCGCUAUCCCAAUCGAAACCUGCGUAAAAUCAUCAUUUUUCACCAGAAAAGCAUUUUUGCGAUCAAAGUUUGCAAAUUAUGCAUCAAUAGAAAGCUUUUGUGACGAAAAGAACUUUGGUGACAACAGAAAAAAUUGGAAAUUGAUGCCGUGUUCAAAGUAAUUUCCGCGAAAUGCAAAAUGAUCUCUGACUCUCCAAAAUUUAGUUAUCUUUCUCUUUCUCUAACGGGUAUUUUGCAUUUCGCGGAAAUUACUUUGAACACGGCAUGAAAGAAACGGAGAGAAAAGCGAAAAUCCGGAAGAUGGCGAAGCCUGUUGUCCAUAGAGCAACUUUACUGCAAAGCGCCCUUUUCGCGGGAACUCAAGCUUUCCUCUCUCCGACUUUGAAUUAUUUUUUCUCCAAAACUAGGAACUUCUGUACGUUUCCAAGUUCACCGUUCGAUUCGCAAUGAAAAGCUCUACAAAGUACUGAUUUGAACUGAAAGACUGUUUUUUACUGCCCCUAUGCCUUUAAGUGGCCAGACCUUCUAACGUUUAACCAUAAUUUUUUUCAGAAAGCUUGACUCUUUCCAAUAGUCUAAACGAGAUGCUGACGACUGCUAGAGAGCUUCUAUCAGAACUACUUUUCAAAGUCGUCAAAUGCAGUAGGGGGAAAACUUCAACCAAUGCAGCCAGCUUCAUGUCGUCGCUUCUUCAUUUCAUUUAUGAGAGCCGCGUAAGUCAAAAAAUCGUCCAGUGAGGAAAUACUAACGUUCUUAGGAACUUCAGAGUAGUCCCUAUAGGGGCAACCUUAGGGGUCCUUGGACGGUCACUUCUAGAGACCACUUUUUCAACCCCUAUAGAGGCCACCGAAGCUUGCAAAAGUGCUCCCUAUGAAGGUUUCAGUAAGUGGGCCCUAGAGGGGACAUGCUAGUCGAUAAUUUUUAUGAACUCUAAGCGAAAAAGCAUUUCCAUGAGAAAACUGAAUAAAUAACCGUUUUUCGAAUUAAAACAGACCCUAAACCACUAUAGGGACCGCUUUUUCGACCCCGAGGUGGUUUUUUUUUUCCCGCCUAAGCCCUAUAGGGACCACUCUGAAAUUCCUAAGUUGCUCGGCUUUUGCAGGAUUUUUCGAGGGCGGCGGUGAAAGACCUGCGUCACUACUUUCCACGCGACGCGCCAAAAUGUGGUCCAUUCAACAAAAUCUUCAUUGACAUCAUCAACCCAGAGCAGUCUGAUUUGCUUCUCACCGUCGACUACCGAAACCUAAUGUCAUCAGAGGUCAACCUCAACGCCAACGUGCCGGUGACCAUGCCAAUCUAUCAUUUCUCGCCGCCCAUCUUGUCCCCAAUGAACUCUGUGCCAACGAUGGCUGUCCAACAACACCAACAAACCGCCUCACUUAAUGGUUACCCCUCGCCGAGCAGUUCGUUCACCGCUCCAAAUCGGCCAACAGCUCUGCCAUUCCCCAAGUUCCCUCUGACGAUGACGAAAUCAAUUGAGGAGAUGCUCAGGCCGCCCGGUAUGUUGGAUGACGCCAAUAUUAUGAAUAGACCGUUGGCUAGGGAUUGGGCUGAUGGAAUCAGACUAACUCCAGUUUUCAACAAGGAUGUUGUUGCUCAUUUUUUCCCAGAGAUGAGUGCAGGAAAUGUUUAA